GUGUAGGUGUAGCUAGCAUUGGGAACGACAGAACACAAAACAACCACAGAAAUGCAUCUGCUCUUUCGGCGGUCAUCAAAAGCCGCAGUAACGGUCACUCGCUCUCUGGCCCUCCCGCCAAAACCCCCAUCCUCCUUCUCCUUCGUCUUCUUCCUCUCAUCACAACCCCAUAACCAGAACCACGAAAUCGGCUCAAUCGGCUCCCCUUCCAGGAUCCAAAAUCUCAUCGCUUCACAAUCAGACCCUCUCCUUGCCAAAGAGAUCUUCGACUUGGCCGCCCGCCAACCCCAUUUUCGCCACUCCUACUCUUCCUUCUUCACUCUCAUCCUCAAGCUCGGCCGCUCCAAGUACUUCUCUCUCGUCGACGACCUCCUCAUCCGCCUCAAGACCCAGAACUACUCUGUCUCCGCGGCUCUCUUUUCCCACUUGAUCAAGAUUUACGGCGAAGCCAAUUUGCCACAGAAAGCCCUUCGCACCUUUUACACCAUGGUGGAAUUUGACUGCAGGCCUUCCGUCAAACACCUGAAUCGCAUUCUUCAAAUCCUCGUUUCUCACCGGAACUUUCUCCGCCCAGCGUUCGACGUCUUCAAGGACGCUCACCGUCAUGGGGUGAUGCCCAAUACUCAGUCUUACAAUAUCUUGAUGCGUGCUUUUUGUUUGAAUGGGGAUCUUAGCAUUGCCUACCAGCUGUUCAACAAAAUAUUUGAGAGAGACCUUGUUCCGGAUGUGCAGUCGUAUCGGAUUCUGAUGCAGGGGUUGUGUAGGAAGGGUCAGGUGAAUACGGCGGUUGAUUUUUUGGAGGACAUGUUGAACAAAGGGUUCGUUCCGGAUUCGUUGAGUUACACUAGCUUGUUGAAUAGUUUGUGUAGGAAGAAGAAGCUUCGUGAGGCUUAUAAGCUGCUUUGUAGGAUGAAGGUUAAAGGGUGCAAUCCUGAUAUUGUGCAUUAUAAUACUGUUAUUUUAGGAUUUUGUAGAGAAGGGCGUCCAGUUGAUGCUUGUAAGGUUCUUGAGGAUAUGGCAUCAAAUGGGUGCUUGCCAAAUUUGGUGUCCUAUCGGACUUUGGUUAGCGGGUUAUGUGAUCAUGGGAUGCUUGAUGAGGCAAAGAGUUAUAUGGAGACAAUGAUAUCAAAGGGGUUUUCUCCGCAUUUUUCGGUUGUUCAUGCUUUAGUUAAAGGGUUCUGUAAUGUGGGUAGGGUUGAGGAAGCCUUUGCAGUUUUGGAGGAGGUGCUAAAGCAUGGGGAGGUUCCUCAUACAGAUACUUGGCUUACAAUAGUUCCUGGGAUAUGCGAAGAGAUUGAGCUAGAGAGAUUGAAGGAAAUUCUGAAAGAGGACAGGGAACAAUUCCUCCCUCACGCUUGCCAUCUCUCAGUCAGAACAGAACUUCUGCAAUUUUUAUUGGAGGGUUCCGAUGCUCCUAAUACAAGAGCAGCAGGAGAAUAUCUUAACUUGUAUUUUCUCUUGGAGCUAGAAACUGAAGCUACUUUAGACAUUCUGAGAUGUGCUUUCAUUGAAGAUGACAUCUCAAAACCCGACAUUUAUUCUCAUGAUUCAGCUGAUGCAAAUAUGGAGCUGCCGGAUGGGAACAAUUCAAUGGCUCAAAGUCAGAAUUCAAUGGUUCAAAGUAGAUACUCUCAUUCAUGUUAUUAUUAAGGGUAUCUCCCCAAUAGAUGGAUCUCCUGGCAAUGAUGACACUGCAUCAAUAGUAGACUGGCCUUCAAAGAAAGACAUUGGUCAUCUGUUUGAGUUUAGUGCGUACUAUGUUGCAUGUGGAAGAGCUAAUGUCUCGAAUCGUGUAUUGUCUAAAAUUUUGGAGUAUUUGACGUCAAAGAAUAACUUUCCGUCAUGGGUUGCUAGAGAUAGCAUAACUUCAAAAAGAAGAGAGAAAUAGGUUCUUGGCCUUCUUGAGGUAGUGCCUGAGACCGAUUUGGAUUCAUUUUAUGAGAAAGUGUGAUUUUACCAGGUUUGUGGCCUAAUUCAUACCAGCAGAUAUCAGUGUCUUGCUGCUCUGGACUGCUACAUGAAAGAUAUAGAUGAUCCCGUUCAUGCCUUCUCCUUUAUUAACAAAAUAUUAUUGUGGCUGACUGACAAUGAAUCCGCUGCUUUUCAAUCAGAAGUAAUUUAUCAAAUUCCAGAGUUUUUUUACUUAAACAGAGAAGGCACGUUAGUCUUGGUUAUCAACAAUUUUACUAGUGAAGAAGGUUCUCAUAUCCUCUUUGAACUUCGUUCCCAUCCAAAAAGCCUAUUCCUCGGUAAUUGAGGUUCACUUAUCUGGCCCUCGACUUUUCAAGUUUAAGAAAAGAUGAUCUUGUGAGGGUAAAGGAUCAAUCAAAAGCAGUUGAGGCUUACUUGGAAAGGAUCUCUAAUUUCCCAAAGCUUUUGCAUAACAAUCCUGUUAAUGUGACCAAUGAUAUGAUUGAACUUUAUUUGGAGCUGUUAUGUGAGUAUGAGCGCAAUUGAGUUCUCAAAUUCCUAGGGACUUUUGAUAGCUAUCGUGUGGAAGGAACACUGUUUACGCCUGUGCCAGAAAUA